ACGCAACUUCCGGUAAAUGAAUGAAUGAACUGUCGUACUAGAAUUUUCCUCACAAAACUUUUCUUCCUGUGAAGAUUACGGAAACAUUUUGUACUUUUUCUCGAUAAACCUUUAAAAAAAAACAAGCCUAAUGUCUGCUGAAAACCCAGAGAAACUUCAGUGUUACAACAAGGGAUGUGGAAGCGUUUAUUCGCCCGAGGAAGACGGUCCAGAUUGCUGCAUUCAUCACCCUGGAGCUCCUGUUUUCCAUGAUGCGUUGAAGGGUUGGACAUGUUGCAAGAAGAGAACUACCGAUUUCACUGAAUUCCUCAAUAUACCGGGGUGUGGAAGGUCUAAACACAAUCCAGUGAAACCUGUGGAAGAACCUAAACCACAAUCAACAAACACAGAUGAUAUUGUGCCUGAGAAAGCAGUAGUACCUCCACCUCGCCAGCCAAUUCAAAAUGCUGAUCCUGAAGAAAGACCAAGCUUAGAUGAACCAAUGAUUAAGCUACCUCUAUGCGUCGAUCCAUCAUUAAAAGCUGCUCUGGAACGAAUGUCAUUAAAUGCACAAACACAGCAAGGUACGACUGAGGGUGAUGAAGAUAUUAAGAAAGGAACAAUAUGCAAGAACAAGGGCUGUCGGAUGCCUUAUGAAGGUGAGAUGAGUUUGACAGAGCGAUGCAAGCAUCAUCCUGGGGCUGCUAUAUUCCAUGAAGGAAUGAAGUACUGGUCGUGUUGCAAUAGGAAGACGUCUGACUUCAAUAACUUUCUAAAUCAGGAAGGCUGUACCACAGGCAGCCAUGUUUUUAAGAGCACAGAGAGCGAGGAGAAGCAGCUGGUUGCAUGCAGGCAUGACUGGCAUCAAACUGGUAAAAUGGCGGUCUUAUCUGUGUAUUGUAAGAAGUCUGAGCCUAGUGCUACAGUGGUCCAAGCUAACCAGGUCUCUCUAGAUAUACAGAUAUCAUUCAACCAACAGAAGAGUGAAUUCAGGAAAACAAUCAAACUAGAAGGGGUGAUUGACCCAGGCUCGAGUGUUGUGAACAUGCUCGGCAGCAAGGUAGAGAUCAAGCUCAUUAAAGCAGAGUCCAUGUCAUGGAAGAAGUUUGAACUGGAAUAACGAGAGAACAACGGCUACAUAGGACUAUACCUCGAGACGUCAUUCACACUCGCACACAACCUGGGCGUCCUCUCAGGAAACCGUCAUAUGUACAAGUUUACCAACAUCCUAGUGAAACGCGUAUUAGUUUAAUACACAGGUUUUAAUAGGUUGGAAGGAUACCCUGAUUCUUGUAUGAAUAUUGAUCAAUUCACCAGAGAUAGCCUUCUUUACAUGUGACACUGUGAACUAUCUGACAAUAGGAAACAAACAAACAACACAACCUGAAACGAAACAAAACAAUACAUGGCAUCAAAAUGAUACGACACACCGUAAGUAUAGGCCUGCUUAACAUUUGUGUAUACAUACACACCGAUAAGUUAGUAUUCUACAGGGGUUUUGUUGACCACGUUUCUUAUUUUUGACCUCCACCUGCCAUAUGUAAACAUUUUUUUUUAAUGUUUUAUUUUUUAUUUUUUAAAUGAAAUUGUUGUUGUCAUGUGAAGAGGAUUUGAUGCAAGCAGGGCAGGUUGUGAGUGUGUAUAGAGUAGGUGUAGCUAGCUCAUCAGGUCUGAAACCAAUCUUUAGAUGUUGAUGUAAAGCAGAUUGUACAUGCAGAACUUAUGUGCACUCUAUCAAAUAUGACUACUUUGAGAUCAGCAUUGAGAAACUCUUAGAUCAUUGAGAAAUAUGGUGUGUUGUCUUGUAAUGUCAUUAUACUAGUUGAACACGACAUUCUCUGUUAUCAUAUUACUAUUGAGGUGACCUUUACUACUUGUAUGUUUGUCAUGUGUGUCAUACAGACCCUUAUCAGGAAACGUUAAUGGAGAUGGCAUACCUAUACCUAAGUUUAAUUGAGUACCUAGAUGCACAUCUGUAUUCUGAUGUAAUGAGUUACAUGUCAUUUUGAGGCUUGCUUUAUUGCCAACGUAUCAGUCAAAGAUCAUUAUCCAUCCAUAAAGUAAGUGGGGGGGGGGGGGGGGG